AUGAGCCGCGAGCCCGGCUGGCUCAAAAAAGCCCGCGAGGUGAGCGGCUACGCGGACCGCGUCGCCGAGAUCGAGGCCCUCGCCGGCGCCAUGGCCGCGAAAAGCGACGAGGAGCUGCGGGGCUUCACGGACGAGUUGAGGCGCCGCCGGAGCGGCGGCGCGUCGCUCGACGACCUGCUGCCCGAGGCCUUCGCGGCCUGCCGGGAGGCGUCGACGCGCGCGCUGAAGCUGCGCCACUACGACGUGCAGCUCGUCGGCGGCAUGGCGCUCCACGAGGGCAAGCUCGCGGAGAUGGCGACGGGCGAGGGCAAAACUUUAGUGGCGACGCUGCCGCUCUACCUCCGGUCGCUCGACGGCAAGGGCUGCCACGUCAUCACGGUCAACGACUACCUCGCGCGCCGCGACGCCGAGACGCUCCAGCCCCUCUUCGACUUUUUGGGGCUGACCGUGGGCGUCGUCCAGUCGGAGUCGACGAGCGAACAAAGGCAGGCCGCCUACGCGGCCGACGUGACGUACGUGACGAACAACGAGCUGGGCUUCGACUACCUGCGGGACCACCUCGCCUACGAGACGCCCGAGCUCACGGUCACGCAGCGGCCCCUCCACUUCGCCAUCGUCGACGAGGCCGACUCGAUCCUCGUCGACGAGGCGCGGACGCCUUUGAUCAUCUCGGGCGAGGGCGACGGCGACGCGCCGGCCAAGUACGAGGCCGCGACGUUGGCCGUCAACUACCUCGAGCGGGGCCGCGACUACGAGGUCGACUACAAGGCGCGGCGCGUGACGCUCACGGACGGCGGCUACGAGACCGUCGCGGACCUUUUAGGCGUCGCGGACGACCCGCUCGGGCUGUACGGCGCGGAAACCAAGUGGGCCGCGUACGUCUUCCCGGCGCUCAACGCCAAGGAGCUCUACUUCAAGGAGCGCGACUACAUCGUCGACAAGGGCGAGCUCAAGAUCGUCGACGAGUUCACGGGCCGCGUCAUGGAGGGCCGCCGCUGGAACGGCGGCCUCCACCAGGCCGUCGAGGCCAAGGAAAAGGUCGAGGUCAAGCCCGAGCAGGUCACGGUCGCGUCCAUCACCUACCAGUCCCUCUUCCUCCUCUACCCGACGCUCAGCGGCAUGACGGGCACGGCCAAGUCCGAGGCCAAGGAGCUCGGCGACACGUACGGCUUGGACGUGCUCAAGGUGCCGACGGCGAAGCCGCUCCGCCGCGAGGACGGCGGCGAUCUAGUGUUCAAGUCCAAGCUCGACAAGUUCCGCUACGUGCUCCGGGACGUGAAGCGGCGCCACGCGAGCGGCCAGCCCGUGCUCUGCGGCACGACGUCCAUCGAGGACGCGACGCUGGUGUCGCAGCUCCUCGCGAACGAGGGCGUGCCCCACCGCGUGCUCAACGCGAACCCGAAGCUCGCGCGCAAGGAGUCGGAGAUCGUGAGCCAGGCGGGCCGCCGGGGCGCCGUGACCAUCGCGACGAACAUGGCGGGCCGCGGCACGGACAUCCUCCUCGGCGGCAACGCGGCGCUGACGGCGAAGCUGAAGCUCCGCGAGGCGCUCGCGCCCGCGGUCGACGGCCGCCUGGGCCCGCUCGUCGCCGUCGAGCCGGGGCUCUACCCCGUGGCGGACCUCGGGGACGCCGUGGACGGCGCGCUCGAGGCCGCGGCGGCCGCCGCCGCGGGCGAGCUCCGGGCCGCGAUCUUCGGCGACGUUGCGAACGGCACGGAGGUCGCCGCGGGCGCGGCGCUGGACCGCAUCGACGAGUUCGUCGCCGUCGCGUCGGCGCCGGCGUCGUCGCUGACGGCGGCGGGCUCGCCGGGCCUCGCCGCGUGCCGCGCCGCGUACGACGCCGUGCGGGCCGCGUUCGGCGAGGUCGUCGACGCGGAGCGCGCGGAGGUCCGCGCGCUCGGCGGGCUCGCCGUGCUGGGCACGGAGCGCCACGAGUCCGUGCGCAUCGACAACCAGCUCCGGGGCCGCAGCGGCCGCCAGGGCGACGCGGGCGCGUCGUGCUACGCGAUCUCGCUCGAGGACAAGAUGUUCAACGUCUUCGGCGCGGACAAGAUGCAGCAGCUCGCCUUCGCCUUCGACAUCGCCGGCGACGACGGCGAGCCGCUCCAGUCGGACCUGCUCUCCAAGUCGCUGGCGACGAUCCAGGAGAAGGUCGAGACCUACUACCGCGAGAUGCGCACGAACCUCGUCCGCUACGACAAGAUCGUCGACGUCCAGCGCCGCGUCUUCUACAACCGCCGCCAGCAGGUGCUCACGGCGGACCGGCCCACCGUCGAGGCGCUCAUGGGCCAAUACGUGGCGGACACGGCCGCGGACACGGUGGCGAACGCGACGCUGGGCCUGGGCGCCGACGGCGACUUCGGGUCCGCGUACGCGGCCGCGGGCGACGUGCUGCGGCGCAUGUACCCCGCGGCGGCGGCGCCCAUCGACGCCGCCGCCGCGGGUCUGACGGGGAGCGAGGACGCCGAGGCCGCCGAGGCGGCCCUCGUGGGCGCCGCGCGCGCGGGCCUCGCGGACCAGGUCGCGGCGGUCGAGAAGAAGGGCGUCGGCGAGGACGACCUGCCGGCGAUGCUCAUGCGCUUCUACGUCAUGCGCGAGUUCGACGCCGCCUGGCAGCAGCACCUGCGCGACCUCGAGUUCCUCCGCGAGAACGUCGGCUUCCAGUCCUACUCCCAGAAGGACCCCUUCCAGGAGUGGACGAUCCAGUCCAACGAGCUCUUCACGAAGCUCUCCGCCAAGGUCUACCGCAACGCCGCCAUCGCCUUCCUCUCCCUCGACGUCGACGGCCUCGUGCCCCGGCCCGACCUCGCGCCCCCGACGCCCGUCCCCCCGGGGAAGGCGUCGCCGCCGCCGACGUCGACGUCG